AUGAGCACGGAGAUGUUUGCUAAAUCGUCAAUGGAGGUUGCCGUCUACCAGCUGCACAACCUCUCCAUAUCUUUCUUCUCCUCGCUACUCGGAGGAGAUGUUGUGUCGGUCAAACUUGACAAUAGUGCCUCUGGUGCUAGCGUGGUGGCUAUUGACAACAAGAUAGAGCAGGCAAUGGACCUGGUCAAGAACCACCUGAUGUACGCUGUGCGGGAGGAAGUCGAAAUUCUCAAGGAGCAGAUCAAAGAGCUGGCGGAAAAAAACGACCAGUUGGAGAGGGAAAACUACCUGUUGAAGAACCUGGCAAGUCCGGAGCAGCUAGAGAAGUUCCAGUCUCGAAUCCCCACAGAUGUUCUGCUCCCACUGGACAAUCAGAGCGUCCAGGUGAUGUCAGAGCAGCAGACCUGCAGUCGCAAUACAGGCUCUGCUGUGUAA